GGAACCCAGCCGAGGGAGUCCCAGCUCUGCCAGGUGUAAGAACCUCAGAGCCCUCUGGAGUCGGGCUCUGGCACCUCGGGGAGACUCCUCAGGGAGGUAGGGACCAGGGAGGUAGGAGACGGGACCUCUACAGGGCGAGGGCAGGCCGGCCCUUGGGGGUGCUGAUGUGGCCCCAAGGCUGAGUCCUCUGGGGGUCUGGCCUGGGCCUCGGCCCCCCAAGGAGCCGGCCCUACACUCCAUGGGGUUGCCGCUACCCAAGGACAAGGGGUUCAUUCUCUGCCUGUGGAGAAAAUUCUGUAGUUGGUUCCAGAGACGGGAGUCAUGGGCCCAGAGCCGAGAUGAGCAGAACCUGCAGCAACAGAAGAGGAUCUGGGAGUCUCCUCUCCUUCUAGCUGCCAAGGAGAACAACGUCCAGGCUCUCAACAAGCUACUCAAGUAUGAGGCCUGUGAGGUGCACCAGAGAGGAGCCAUGGGGGAGACAGCACUGCACAUAGCGGCCCUCUAUGACAACCUGGAGGCCGCCAUGGUGCUGAUGGAGGCUGCCCCGGAGCUGGUCUUUGAGCCCAUGACAUCGGAACUGUACGAGGGUCAGACCGCCCUGCACAUAGCCAUCGUGAACCAGAACGUGAACUUGGUGAGAGCCCUGCUUGCCCACGGGGCCAGCGUGUCUGCGAGAGCCACAGGCACGGCGUUCCGCCGCAGCCCCCGCAACCUCAUCUACUUUGGGGAGCACCCCUUGUCCUUUGCUGCCUGCGUGGGCAGUGAGGAGAUGGUGAGGCUGCUCAUUGAGCAUGGAGCUGACAUCCGGGCCCAGGACUCCCUGGGAAACACCGUGUUGCACAUCCUCGUCCUGCAGCCCAACAAGACCUUUGCCUGCCAGAUGUACAACCUGCUGCUGUCCUAUGAUGGGCGCAGGGACCACCUGCAGUCCCUGGACCUCGUGCCCAAUCACCAGGGUCUCACCCCCUUCAAGCUGGCCGGAGUGGAGGGCAACACCGUGAUGUUCCAGCACCUGAUGCAGAAGCGGAAGCACAUCCAGUGGACCUACGGGCCGCUGACCUCCACUCUCUACGACCUCACCGAGAUCGACUCUUCAGGGGAUGAGCAGUCUCUCCUGGAACUUAUUGUUACCACCAAGAAGCGGGAGGCUCGCCAGAUCCUGGACCAGACCCCGGUGAAAGAGCUGGUGAGCCUCAAGUGGAAGAAAUACGGGCGGCCGUACUUCUGCGUGCUGGGCACCAUAUACCUGCUGUACAUCAUCUGUUUCACCGUGUGCUGCGUCUACCGCCCCCUCAAGCCCAGGACCAAUAACCACACUGGUCCCCGGGACAACACGCUCCUACAGCAGAAGCUACUUCAGGAGGCCUAUGUGAGCCCCCAGGAUGACCUCCGCCUGGUGGGGGAGCUCGUGACCGUCAUCGGAGCUGUGCUCAUUCUGCUUGCAGAGAUUCCAGACAUCUUCAGGGUGGGGGUCACUCGCUUCUUUGGACAGACCAUCCUCGGAGGGCCAUUCCACGUCCUCAUCAUCACCUAUGCCUGCAUGGUGCUGGUGACCAUGGUGAUGCGGCUCACGAACGCCAAUGGGGAGGUGGUGCCCAUGUCCUUCGCCCUGGUGCUGGGCUGGUGCAAUGUCAUGUACUUCGCCCGAGGAUUCCAGAUGUUGGGCCCUUUCACCAUCAUGAUCCAGAAGAUGAUUUUUGGCGACCUGAUGCGAUUCUGCUGGCUGAUGGCUGUGGUCAUCCUGGGCUUUGCCUCAGCCUUCUAUAUCAUCUUCCAGACAGAGGACCCCGACGAGCUGGGCCAUUUCUACGACUACCCCAUGGCGCUGUUCAGCACCUUCGAGCUGUUCCUCACCGUCAUCGACGGGCCUGCCAACUAUGACGUGGAUUUGCCCUUCAUGUACAGCAUCACCUACGCUGCCUUCGCCAUCAUCGCCACGCUGCUCAUGCUCAACCUCCUUAUCGCCAUGAUGGGUGACACUCACUGGCGGGUGGCCCACGAGCGGGAUGAGCUCUGGAGGGCGCAGGUGGUGGCCACCACGGUGAUGCUGGAGCGGAAGCUGCCUCGCUGCCUGUGGCCUCGCUCGGGGAUCUGCGGGCGCGAGUAUGGGCUGGGGGACCGCUGGUUCCUGCGGGUGGAAGACAGACAGGAUCUCAACCGGCAGCGGAUGCGGCGCUACGCACAUGCCUUCCACAUCCCGGCCUCCGAGGACUCGGACAAAGCCUCGGAGAAACUGCGGCCGGACCACCCCUCGGGCCCCCACCUGUGUCCGUCCACCCCCUCGGUGUCCCGAAGUACCUCCCGCAGCAGCGCCAACUGGGAGAGGCUUCGGCAAGGCACCCUGAGGAGGGAACUGAGGGGGUUGGUCAACAGGGGUCUGGAAGACGGGGAAGGCUGGGAGUAUCAGAUCUGAGCCCAGUCUACCGUCUGGCCCCAGCAGCUGCUCUAAUUUUCCCCGGGGGGUGGGGCAUCAACACGCAAAACCCAAACACCUCUCCCCGGUGGGGGAGGAAGGCGGAAGGCACCCCCUCCCCCGCCCCCUUGAGGAAUGCAGCUGGGGAAUCGCUGCCCCAGGUCCCCACUACUCGUUCGGCUCAGGGGGCGAAUAGAAAGCAAGGGGGGAGGUGGCCCUCGCCUCACCCCGAGCACAGGGCUGGUGCCAGUGAGGACGAGGCUGCGGGCUCUUCGGCCUUACUGAAGUACUCUGCACUGUCAGAGCAAAGCACUUUAAGGACAGGCUUGCCGCCUCUGCCCCAGGGUCAUGGUGGGAAGGGGACAGUCCUUCCCAGGGUGCUCCAGACAGCUGGGUGGGGGGAGGCACGUGGAGAGCAGGAGUGAGGGGGACAGGAACCGCUUUGGGGGCGGGGUAAAGCUGCUUCAGUCUUGCCACCUUCUACCUUCCAAUAAAGCCGUUCCCUGCUCUGCUUCCUUGCG